AUGAAGUUCGCAUUAUCCCUCUACGUCGCCGUUCUCGGCGCUGAGCUCUCCUGCGCCAUGCCCAGCAUUAUCGGUGGCCAGCUCGCUGGCAAAGGCGCCGCGCCAUACAUGAUCAGCAUUCGGAAAGACGGUGCGCACCAAUGCGGUGGCAGUCUCAUCAGCAAAUAUUACGUUCUUACUGCGGGCCACUGCCUGAUGAACUUUGUUCCCAGAUCGCUCACCGUCGUCGCCGGCUCCAACUCGCUCAAGGAGGGCGGCGUCGAGCGCAACGUCUCCAAGGGCAUCACCAACCCCGACUUUGACUCGAUUAAGCAAAUCAACGACAUCGCCCUGCUCAAACUCAGCGAGCCCUUUGAGUUUACCGAUGCCAUCAAGCCUAUCGCCCUGUUUCGGAAGCAGGAUAUCAAGGCCGGCACCAACGUCUCGGCCUACGGCUGGGGCUACACCAGCUGGCCAGGGACCGCCAGGCCUUCGGAGCUAUCGGUCGUGAAUAUCGAAACAACCAGCGCGGCCGCCUGUAGGGACAGGUGGUUUAACUACAACAAAAGAAACAUCACCAAGAACCACGUCUGCACAAAGGCUGACGACCGCGGAACCUGCCAGGGCGACUCGGGCGGCCCCCUCGUCCUGAUCGAUAAGAAUAACAAGACGGAACUGGUCGGCCUGGUAUCUUUUGGCGUUCCGUGUGUCCAGGGCUAUCCCGAUGUUUUCACCAAGGUCAGCUCGUUCCUGAAGUGGAUUGCGGACAACUCUGUAUAG